AUGAAAGUUCAUUCUGAUCUCAUGGGACCAUUCACAAAUUCUACGGGGAAAGUCUAUGCUACAAGUCUUAUCGAUCAUUACAGUAAGUAUGCAGAACUAAUACUUACAAAUACAAAAUCUGAAAGAUCUCAUCCUCAAAAACUCAGAGUAUGGAACAACCGAUUCCCAAAUAAAAUAAUUUCAUACCGAUCAGACAAUGGAACAGAGCAACCAAGACUGCAAGAUCUAGAAUCCGAAUUCGGGAUAAUUAGAGACUCCAUUCCAGUUGCAAGUCCGAAGUUGAAUGGUUUAGCAGAAAAUUUCAACUAUCAAAUAUUGAAAAACGUUUACAAAGUUGUCGUUGGUUUUGAUGAAAGAAUUUUGGUAUUAAUAGAAUAUAUCUUGAAUGUAUUAGGUACAUUCUUGGGUUACUCCGAAGACAGAUAUGCUUACUAUGUCAUGGUAUCAGUUCCAAAAUUUGAAAUCAUAUUAAGUCCUAACGUUUCGGUAUUAAAUACGAUGCAUGUGCUUCAUAAAUUUCUAUCAACCAUAGACAAGAAAGAUCAAUCAGCUUUGGAUCAUCAAUUUCUCAUCAAUUUCCCAUUCACUGAUAAAAAUACAUUCUCCAACGAUCAUGAAACUCCUCAGGCAAAUAUUCCCAUACACCAAAAUAUACCUGGAUCUACUAGUGAUGACGAUAUGACAAUUGAUUGGAGUGAUACGUGUUCCGAAAAUAUGAAUCCCGAUUGGAAUCAUGAAGUCUUAACAAACAAUCAUCAAACUUACAAUAAUCAAACAGCUCCUCAAGUACCUCAAACAUACAAUAAUGAAACAGAACCUCAAGUACCUCAAACAUACAAUAAUCAAACAGAAACUCAAGUACCUCAAUUACCGUCCGAAAUCAAUCAUGAAUUACAUCCAAAACUUAACAACUUGGAAAAUAUAGAACCUGUCGAAACCGAUCAUUCUGAUCAAUUCAUUUUUGAAGAAAAUCGAGCAAGGGAAGGGUCACUACCUGCACCAGGGCUUGAACCUAAAUCAUUAGAAGAAGUUACUACAAAUGAAAAUGCAAACGUCAUUGAAGAACCACAUUUACCAAUUAAGUAG